AUGGAACUAUCAGGGGUUGGGGAAUCCUCUGACGGUUCGACAAUUGAAGAAGCUGAUCCGGCUUCAUUCCCCUUGUUUGGUGGCGCUUUUGGAAACAAAGAAUGGCGAGUCUUUGCUGGAAAGGGUUCGGAAGACGGUCGAUGUUGGGGUUUUUCCGUGGUCUAUGCUAGCUGUCAUGCUAGUGUUCGUGUUGAGCAAUGGGGUUCCCUUCGUCGUUUGCUGCAGGAUUGGCAGUAUCCUUGGAUCAUGAUUGGGGAUUUCAAUGAAAUUGCUCACUCUUCUGAGAAUUUUCCGUUUACUUGGAACAAUCAACGUUGCGGGGAGGCAAAUAUCCGCCAACGGCUUGACCGUGCCUUGGUCUCUUCUGACUGGCGUCUUUUGUUUCCUAGAGCUUCUCUUAGCCAUUGCUCAGUGGCGGGCUCUGAUCAUGUAGCUUUGCUUCUUGAUUUCCAACCUAUUUUCUCCUUUAAAGCUCGUCAAUUUUAUUUUGAUGCCCGUUGGGUUUCUCAUGUGGAUUGUCACGCCAUUAUUGAGGCUGCUUGGAAAUCUCGUUUUCAUGGGUCUCCGUUUAUUUUGUUGGGCGGCUAG